ACUGUUUCAUUAUCAUCAUCAUCUUCAUCAAGUAUUUUAACACCACCCAUUUCAUCAAUGCAACAACAACAUCAACAACAACCACCACCACUACAAACAACAUCACCAACUGGACAAAGCCAACAAUCAAUUCCAUCAACACCAUCAUCAUUAUCUUCAUCAUCAACAACCCCAUCAGUAUCUACUGGUACAAGCUUGAGUCGUUCAUUAGAACAUUGUAAACAUACUAGUGCAGUUGGUACAUUGACCUAUAGCAGUCCAGAACAAAAGAAAGGCUUGUACAAUGAAAAGACCGAUAUCUAUAGUUUGGGAAUCAUUUUAUUCGAAUUGUAUUUCCCAAUCUCGACAAGAAUGGAAAAGGCAAGAGUACUCACAGAUCUUAGAAAUGGAGUUUUACCAAAAUCUUUCCUUCAAAAGUACCCAAAAGUUAGUGAGUUGAUUCUAUUGAUGAUGAAAACCAAUCCAGAUGAAAGACCCUCUGCAAGUGAUAUCCUUAAAUCGGAUCUAUUUGGUAAACUUUUAAGUGUACCAGAAUUGGAAAAUAUAAUUAAACAACAACAAUCACUAAUUGAAAUGUUAAAACAAGAGAUUUUCAAUUUAAAAUCACCAGUUUUAAUUAAUCAAACUUCAAAUUCAGUACCAACUUUAACCUCAAAUCUUUUAAAUAGUUUAUCACUUCAUCAUAAUAAUAAUAAUACAAUUGUACAAAAUAAUCACCACCACCACCACCAUCAACAACAACAAGGAGUUCCAUCUUCUUUACCAUCAUCAUUGUCACAUACCUCAAAAACUACAAACCCAUCUACAGACUCAAACAAAAUUUGUAUAAAUCCAUUAGUUGAAAGUUCUUUUAUAAAUUCAACUCGUUAUCCUUCUUUUAUUGAAUAA